GCGCGCCUCGCGCUGUGGGCAGCUGUUGUGGAGUGAAGGCGAAGACGCGCUCGUGCUCAUGAAAACACUCGUGUCUGUUUCCCGUGGAAAUAAAUCAGGCAGCAGAUCCGCGAGCUCAUCCACAGACAUGAUCCGUGCUCACCUGUGAUCCAUCAGUCUGAUCUCUCUCCUCUGCCACCAGGUGCUCAGUGAGAGGAGGAGGUGUUGUGCUGAAGAUCUCACACGCUGGAUUGGAGAUGAUGACGACAGCAGGUGUGGUGAUUGUGAAGGAGGGAUGGCUCCACAAGCGAGGAGAAUACAUAAAGACGUGGCGGCCGCGGUAUUUUCUGCUGAAGAGCGACGGUACGUUUAUCGGCUAUAAGGAGCGGCCGCAGGAUGUCGAUCAGCUGGAAACACCAUUAAAUAAUUUCUCAGUGGCCCAGUGUCAGCUGAUGAAGACAGAACGACCCAAAGCCAAUACAUUCAUCAUACGCUGCCUACAGUGGACCACUGUCAUCGAACGCACCUUCCAUGUAGAGAGGCCUGAGGAACGGGAGGAGUGGACCAAAGCCAUUCAGGCUGUGGCCGACAGUCUACAGAAAGAGGAGGAGAUGAUGGACUCGUCUCCUGAUCCCAUGGACAUGGAAAUGUAUUUGACCAAACCUCGACAGAAAGUGACUAUGAAUGAUUUUGAAUACCUCAAGCUCUUGGGAAAAGGCACUUUUGGGAAGGUGAUUCUGGUGAAGGAGAAAGCGACUGGAAGAUAUUACGCCAUGAAGAUCCUUAAAAAAGAAGUGAUUGUAGCCAAAGAUGAAGUGGCUCACACGCUCGCUGAAAACCGCGUCCUCCAAAACUCUAAACACCCGUUCCUGACGGGUCUGAAGUAUUCAUUUCAAACUCACGACCGCUUGUGUUUUGUCAUGGAGUAUGCAAACGGAGGAGAGCUUUUUUUCCACUUGUCCCGGGAUCGAGUUUUCUCCGAGGAGCGAGCGAGGUUUUAUGGGGCAGAGAUCGUGUCUGCGCUGGAUUACCUGCAUUCAGAGAAAAACGUGGUCUACAGAGAUCUGAAGCUGGAGAAUCUGAUGCUGGAUAAAGAUGGACACAUAAAGAUCACCGACUUCGGUUUGUGUAAAGAGGGAAUCACUGAUGGAGCCACUAUGAAGACUUUCUGUGGAACUCCAGAAUAUCUCGCACCUGAGGUACUGGAGGAUAAUGAUUAUGGUCGUGCGGUGGACUGGUGGGGUUUGGGUGUGGUCAUGUAUGAGAUGAUGUGUGGACGGCUCCCCUUCUAUAAUCAGGAUCAUGAGCGUUUGUUUGAGCUCAUCCUUAUGGAGGACAUUCGCUUUCCUCGCACGCUCGCUCCGGAGGCUAAAUCUCUCUUGUCCUGCCUGCUCAAGAAAGACCCGAAGCAUAGGUUAGGUGGUGGCCCUGAGGAUGCUAAAGAGAUCAUGCAGCACAAAUUCUUUACUGGAAUAGUGUGGCAAGAUGUUUAUGAAAAGAAGUUGAUUCCCCCAUUUAAACCGCAGGUGACCUCAGAAACAGACACCAGAUAUUUUGAUGAAGAGUUCACAGGACAGACCAUCACCAUCACACCACCUGGACAAGGUGACAGCAUGGAGGUGUUCGACAGUGAGAGGAGGCCACAUUUCCCACAGUUCUCCUACUCCGCCAGUGGAACAUCAUGAAGCGUCACAUCAUCUUCCUCUGCUCCUUUUAUGACACUUUAUGUUGCAUCUAUUUUACUGAUGCUUAAUUAAUGUAAAACAUCAGCACAGAACUGCAGCCGAACUGUUCUGAGGUCAGUGAAAGGGAGAAUAUUUACCAGUUCGCACAAUCGAUUUGUUUUUCAUACAUGUUUGUCUACUCUGUGGCCUUUUGUGUUAUUCAUGUUCUUCUGAGGAUUUGCGAGGGAACACUAAAUAUAUUUUCACUUCAACUGCCAAAAAUAAAAGAGGUUAAAAUACAGAAUUGAAAUAUAUUGUAUUGCGCUAUCAUACAUCUCUAAAUAUUUAGAUGUAAAAAUAAAAAU